GCGAAUGCUGUUCGGCGGACGACAUAUGACCGUAAUACGGACCAUUUUGAUGCGUGCGAUUCGUGUUUAAACUGUCGUGUAUCGGGUGGAUGUUUUCGCCAAUUCGUGAAUAUGUGUUUUUCAAUAUUAAAGAUGCUCGUUGGAUGAGAUUAGGUGGAGAAGUUUAUAACUUGCAGUGGAAGUUCAAGUUCACCUGGCAUGAAAACGAUGGGUCUAUCGAUGAAUUUCGAGGUUAGAGUGUUUUCAGUCAGAGUGUUUUAAGAAGUUGUAUCAUUUGCAAGUCCUUCCUAUUCAUGCAUAUGGUAAAUUGUUUCUUAAGCAAAUUGUGAAGCAAAUUGAAUUCUCAUCGGUGGCUGGAGCAUGAUCAUAUUGUUGAAAAAAGACACUUGACGGAAUGUGUAUAUGAGCAAAUUGAAACAUAUUAAUGGAUAUGGGGCGUUGCUUUCCUAGAAAAAGCGGAAGAAAAUUAUCGAAGCUGACACUGUGAAAAUCUGCAUAUAAACAUCGUUCUAUGAAGAAAAGUGAAAAGUGUCAAAAAGUAACAUGCCCUCCGGGAUGCGACGCACCAUGCGAUACACGUCAACUUUAUUUGAGCAACUCCCAGAAGACAAGGACGACAACGUAUUGUGUAACCCACGACAGCCAGAAGAAUUCAAUCUGUGUAUUCAUUUGGGGAGUGGAGUGAGUGUUUGGGGGUGAUAUGUGUGCAUGUGUUGGAUUUUCCUUCUGUUUAACUGGAUUUAUGGAGCAACGAGAGAGAUGUUAUCCAGUGCACAAAUGAAGGUUACGGAGCUGCGAUUUGAAUUGAUGUAUUGAAAUACAGAAUCCUAGGAGGAGUAAACUAGCUGGAAAAAUAACUUUUGUCGGAUUAUUCCACGAACAAUAUUAUCCAGAGGAACUUGAAACCCGAAGUCCGGUUAACAAAGCACGAUGAAACUCUUAGACCAACGGGAUUGAGUGUAGAGGCUCACCAGAACCCAUUGUAGCUGGAUGGUAGUAAAAUGUUAAGCGUUGAUGAACGUGUCCUGGAAUGGUUUCACUACGUUUAUCACAACGAUUCCUCCAUAACCCUUGUCCUGAACGCGACCGAAUUCCGGCGACGUUUGCUCGCCAUCCUCGACUAUAAUCAAACGAACACUAUGAACGGAUCAAGCAAACUGUACCGUCAUGCCUUCGAGUUCCAUAAUAUUUCCGAGCAUAACAUUACCCAGGAAUAUGUUAAUGAUUUCCUCGAGAAGCUGUUUCAAUCGUUGAAUCGGAUUAACCGUUCAUCCACCGCCACAGGUGAUGAUGAUGGUUGGGAUGACGAUGAUUUGGAGCAAAGUAACUGCAGCGAUUAUUGCAAAGGAAUAGUUCGGGAGGUUUUGAUGGAUUAUAAGGUGCUGCACGGAUAUAUUGCGCUAGUGAUAUGUGUAUUUGGCACCAUUGCAAAUAUGCUGAACAUCGUAGUUCUGACGCGGAAAGAGAUGAGCAAAAUCCCCAUCAAUCGUAUCCUGAAGUGGCUCUCGGUGGCCGAUAUGUUCGUUAUGAUUGAAUACAUCCCAUUUGCGUUUUACAUGUAUUCUGUUCUGCCAGAUCGACGGGACUACCCCUACUCUUGGGCAGUGUACCUUAUGUUCCACAUGCAUUUCACACAAAUCCUGCACACCAUCUCGAUAUUGCUCACUGUGAUGUUGGCAGUUUGGAGAUAUAUUGCCAUCAAACAUCCGCACGGGGCGCUGGCCGUUAACGUCCAAUCUAAUUAUAGUUACGCAAUUCUGUUGUGCUUUGUCCUGGCGCCGAUUCUCUGUAUGCCCACCUAUUUUGUCUUCACCAUAAGGCAGACGAGCGUAUUCGAGCAUGGAGCAAACGUUAUGCUGUACCAUUUGGAUGCAGACGAGAAUACUUCGGUUUAUCGUUACAACUUCUGGAUACAUUCGGUCAUCAUAAAGUUGUUGCCUUGUACGAUAUUAACGGCAAUCAGUUGUGUGUUAAUCAAUGUGCUUUGGAAAGCCAGCAAGCGGAAGCAGAAACUGAAAACGGGUGCAAACUACAAUCUCAAAAACGGCGAGUCAACGCAGAGUGGUGGUACGAGCCACAAUAAUGUCCCGCAUAAUGUGGCACCGAAUGCGGCUGCCAGCAGCAACGGGAGUAGGCACGCCAAGGCCGAUCGUCGGGCGGAUCGUACAACGACUCUGUUGGUCGCCGUAUUGCUACUGUUUCUGUUCACAGAGUUUCCUCAGGGAAUUUUAGGGUUGUUAAGUGGAAUACUGGAGAAGUGUUUCUUCAAACGUUGCUACGCACUGUUCGGUGAUGUAAUGGACUUACUUGCCUUAAUCAAUGCCGCCAUUGGUUUCGUACUGUACGGUCUUAUGUCGAAACAGUUUCGCACUAGCUUUAAAUCGGUUUUUUGUAAAACUCCAACCCAUAGGGCCGAGAUGACGAGAAUGACUGGUUUAACGACCACCUGCGUUUGAUAGUGCCGAUGUGGUUGCCUGCCGAAGCAUUGAGGGAUUCUAGCACGCAUUUUGCAAUUUGCUUAUUUCGCAAAAAAAAAAAAUUUCGAUAGUGUACAAUACGAGCCAAUACGAACCAACAAAAUAAUCAAAUUAAAACCAAGAAAUUGGACUGGAAUCCACCGUCUCAACAAGUUCGCUUGGGUUGGAGUUAGGAAAAAAAAUCAUUUACUGUGUAAAUCCACUGAAAAAAAAACUACUGAUUGAAGGUAGAAAUGUUUUACAUCAUUUUUGUGCAUUUAGAAAAGACCGAUGGUGAUUAUUCCAAUUGCGUUCGAAGUAAGCUUCAACCUUUAUAAACUGUAUGUGUUAGAGCCCAAACGACAUACAGCAUGUAGAGCAGAAGAAGGCAUUCUCAAUGGACCAAUUUUUUACCCAUUUAUGUUGGAAUAGUUGCCAUCGUUCGCGCAGUAAACGUUAAUGUAAUUGUAAAAGUUUUGGAUGUGCAUAAGUUUAUGAAAGUUAAUGCAAAUUGCAUUCUCACUAACUGAUCGAAUUUAAAUCAACACAUUAAUGCAUUAGGUUCAUUGCAUUUGACUUUCACAUAAGUAACAACGAGAGAGGAGAUAAACUCUAUUACAGUUAAGAGCUAUUAGAGCAGUGUAUGGAUAUCGUGUUGUGAAUUAAGAUUUUAGAAAUAUCUAUAUUUUUCUAUGAGAGCUGAAUGUUUACAACCUCGAUAAGUCUAAUAAAAUG